CGCAAUCAAAUCGUGACCUUCCUUCGCACCGAACAGCUGGUACAGUGGUGUUCGUCAAUAUCCAUUACCUCUACCUGUUAGCGGUGUCGGUCAGUCGGUGUUCAUAUUUCGUUCUUCAUUUCAUAUUAGCUUGCGAUCGAGUAGAAUAAUGAUCGUUCUGCGAACGAGUAGACAAACAUACUAUAUCAGUGAUUGAACAUUGCAUUUUCUCAUAAUCCUUGGUUCCCCCAUUCUUCCCGCCUGGUAGUAAGGUCGUGUUUUGCAUUUAAAUUUUUGAAAGUGUGAAUCAAGUUUGUUUCAUUGUCCGAAUAUAACGAUUUUAUGCGAAUCUAACAUCUGACCACGGUUUGUAAGUGAACUUGAAUUCAGUUAACCAUGAGCGACAAAAAGAAGCCCGUUUACAUUCAAUAUGUGUUUGGUGGCCUUUCCGGAAUCGGAGCAACAUGCGUCGUCCAACCGCUGGAUCUGGUCAAGACGCGAAUGCAAAUUUCCGGCAUGGGAGGCGCUGCCAAGGAGUACAACAACACGUUCGAUGCGAUCGGCAAGAUCAUCAAGCGGGAGGGUCCUCUGGCGCUGUACAAAGGUCUAAGCGCCGCGAUCAUGCGUCAGGCGACCUACACCACCACACGGCUCGGUGUAUACACCUCGCUCAACGAUGCGUACAGACAAAAAACAAACAGGUCCCCGAACCUCCUCGAAUCGAUGGCAAUGGGAAUGACGGCUGGUGCCGUUGGUUCAUUCGUGGGCAAUCCGUGUGAGCUGAUUCUGAUCAGAAUGACCGCUGACGGCAGGCUACCGCUAGCAGAGCGUCGCAACUAUACGAAUUUCUUCAACGCAUUUCUCCGAAUCGCACGCGAGGAAGGCGUGUUAGCACUCUGGCGUGGAUGUAUUCCAACGAUGGGUCGUGCCAUGGUUGUGAAUGCCGCUCAGCUCGCUUCCUAUUCGCAGGCCAAAGGAUAUCUCGUCAAUAACGGGUACUUCAAUGAGGGUAUCGCUCUACACUUCACUGCCAGUAUGUUCUCUGGAUUGGUUACAACCGCUGCAUCGUUGCCAGUGGAUAUCGCCAAAACGAGAAUUCAAAACAUGAAAGUUGCCCCAGGUGAGGUUGCACCCUACAAGAACGCCGUCGAUGUCAUAGUGAAGGUCGUCAGACACGAGGGUGUGUUCGCUCUCUGGAAGGGCUUCACGGCCUACUACGCCCGACUGGGACCACACACGGUUCUAACUUUCAUCAUUCUCGAGCAGUUGAACUCUUUGUACAAUACGCAUUUCAUGGGUGGCAAAGGGGGCAAAUCUGGACUGUGAGAACCUAGUAUCGUGCAAUAUCGUCCGUCAAUAACAAAAUAUCGCAACAAUCGACCAACACAAAACAAAAAUAACAAAACACAAACUGUUGCAUUUCAUAUACACGAACCCGCAUGAACUUGGAAUAUUUCUGGUUUUUGUUCAUUCGUUCGAGUUAAGAGUAUAUUUUCUUCUUAUUAAAGAUUAUCCGUUGUUAUUAUUUUAUUAAAUUUUAUGUACUGUUUUGUGCUUUCGAUGAA